CUCUGGGGGACAAACUUGCAUCACGAAUCGCAAGGUAACUGGCUUCACCACGUGUACUUUAACGAGUCCGCCCCCUGGGGGGUCCCUGUAUUCGCCUUCCGAAGAGGGUAGGGCUCGUUUCCCCAUCACUUCUACCUCUUUCCUCUCUCCCCAUCUUCGUCGUGACUCCACUUGCAGGCUCCCCUCUUUUGCUUUCGGUGAUUGGAAUCGGAGAGUUGCGGGAUGAAUCCCUUGUUGGUAGUUGUGUUCGCACGAUCUCAAUUGCGGUGUUGAGGACGAGGCCUGGAUGAGGAAUGGUGCAUGAGAUCUUGCGAGAUUUCUGAAUCCGUGGGAGUGGGCGCGAGUUGAGUCGCAGGGGUUUGGCACGGGGAUGGGCUCGUUUUGGUCCGACGAGGACCGGCAGGUGGCGGUGGCUGUGCUUGGCCACCAGGCCUUCGACUACCUCAACGCUCUGCAUACGUCCUUGUCCGAUGGCCACCUCACCGCCGUUGGGGGCGGGGACGCCGACCUCCAGACGAAGCUCCAGGACCUCGUCGAGGGCACUUCCUCAUCCUGCUCUUCCGUCUCCGCCUGGGCCUACGCCAUCUUCUGGCAGAUCUCCCGGUCCGGGUCCGGUGACCUUGUCCUCUGCUGGGGCGAUGGCCACUGCCGCGAACUCAGUGACGGAGAGGAGGAGGGCGGCAUCCAGCGCCUCCCCCUCGACGGCGCCAACCAGAAGAUGCGGAAGCGGGUGCUCGAGAAGCUCCACACGUUCGCCGGCGGCUCCGCCGACGAGAACUAUGCGCUCCGGCUCGACCGCAUCACCGACGCGGAGAUGUACUUCCUGGCGUCCAUGUACUUCUCGUUCCCCAAAGGGGAGGAUGCCCCGGGGAAGGCGCUUGCGUCGGGAAAGCACAUAUGGAUCUCGGAGGCGGGGCUGAACUCGCCGGUGUGCUCCAGUUACUGCGUCCGGACGUUUCUUGCGAGGUCGGCGGGGUUCCGGACGAUCCUCUUCGUGCCGUUCGACACCGGAGUGCUUGAACUGGGUUCGAUGGAUCCGGUGCCGGAGAGCUUCGAAGCGCUGCACACGAUUAGGUCGGUGUUCGGUCAAGGCCGUAAUAAGGCGGCGGCGGCGCUGGCGGCCGGGGAGAAGAUAGGUGAGAACCACGGCGCUGUUUCGGCUUCCCGUUUCGGGGUCGGCGGCCACGUCGCGGAGUAUCCAAAGAUCUUUGGGAGGGACUUGCGCCUUGGGCACGCUCAGCUCAACGAGAGGGCCAGGGCUUUGAUCGUGAAGCCGGAACAGAGGCCAUCGGAGUUGAUCACGAAGCAUGGAGAUCACCAUCAAAAUAUCCCGCCCACCAAUGGUGCGACGGUGCUCCAAUGGAAUCAGAGUCGCAUCGCGACCUCUCACCAGCAGAAGGUUGGCAAUGGCGCACCACCACAUGGUCGGCAUAUUAGCGGGGUUGUCGGUCAAGACCUCCUCCGGAAGAACCAAUCCCAGCCUCAGAAGCCGCCGCCGCCUGCGCCGCAACCGCGUCGCCAGCAACCGAUGCCGCAUCCGCUGCCACAGUCGGGGCAAAUCGAUUUCAGCACAGGGGAAGCUAAUUCUGCUUCUGUUGGCGUCUCGGUCGGUCGUUUGGGAGCGGUGGACACGGAGCUCUCGGAUGUCGAAGCCCCAUGCAAAGAGGAUAAACCAAGCACGAUGGAGGAGCGGAAGCCAAGGAAGAGGGGCCGGAAGCCCGCAAACGGCCGGGAAGAGCCUCUCAACCAUGUGGAAGCCGAGCGCCAGAGGAGGGAGAAGCUCAACCAGAGGUUCUACGCCCUACGCUCGGUGGUGCCCAAUAUCUCCAAGAUGGACAAGGCCUCCCUGCUCGGCGAUGCCAUAUCCUACAUCACCGAGCUCCAGAACAAGCUCAAGGAGAUGGAGGCGGAGAGGGAGAUGUGGGGCGACCCGUCAUUCAUGGACCGCAAGCGCCGGGCUUACAUGCAUCCUGAGAUCGAUGUCGAGGCAGCACAGGACGAGGUUAUCGUUCGCAUGAGCUGCCCGCACGACGUGCACCCCGUCUCCAAAGUCAUCCAAGCUCUCAAGGACCUGCAGAUCGAUGUGGUGGACUCGAAGGUUGCUGCAAACAGCGACAGUGUCCUGCACACGUUUGUAGUGAAAUCGCCGGGCGCAGAGCAGCCCACCAAGGAGAAGCUAAUUGCCGCUCUUACGCAGGAGUUGAACGCCACAUAACCGCCGACAGCCACAGUGGAAGACGUUACAGCAAUGGAACAUUGUGGAUGUUUAUACUUGUACCAGUAUUCAACAAAGCUAUAAUCUGUAAGCGCACUCACCAUAUUUGCCAAGAGUUGCAUAAGCUAGUAAUCAAGCAUAGCCAUCUUUAACUUGCAUUCAUCGAUCUCUUCUUUUCCUCCCCCAGUCAUAGUCAGUCAGAUCACAUCUUCGAUUGCUUGACUCCUUAUGUUCUCUAGCCGCCGCUUGCAGCAGUUCUAAAGAGGAGUUGAACUUGCAGCCUUCUUGGAGUAGGUGUUUGAUUUACUGCAAGAUAGAUGGAUGGCAUAGAGCUUCACACUUUUGGUUGAAACUUUGUUCCAUCAUCUAUCUAUGCAAAACCCUGAUGUCAAAUUGGCAUUCUAUUCCUGUGACUUUAUAUUUUAUGCCAAGGGAUCUAGCUGCAAUGCUGAUGGAAAAGGAGUGCCCAAGUAUCUUAUCAAGAAAAAGCAGUGGAUAAUAUAGGCCUGUUAAAUUUCUGCAUGGUGUCCAUGGUUGUGGCCUUCUUUUCAGAGGUAACUUCUGGUGCUAGAUGACGAUUCUUGAGAAAGAGAAUAUAUUCACUUGGUAUUGCUGGAUAUGUUGGUGACACUCGACCACUUUAGAACAAUUAAAAAAAGGUAACACAAGCUUUUGUUUCAGGUUCAGAAUCAUUAAAAAAGAAAACACCUGGCUAAUCUUUGACGUUGCAGGUUUUCUGAGCUGAAUAUGAUGCUACCAUCUCAUUAGAAGGCUGGUUAUUGAUUCCAUUUGAGAACAAAAUUUCCUCUGUUCUGGAAAUUUAUAUUUUAUGUUUUCUACUGAAGCCAUAUGCACUAAUUCCUUGUUUUUUUUUGCUUCACAAUGGAUUUUUUCAUGUGAUUCAGAACUUUGAUGCUGUUUUUAGUGGAUAGCUUUUGGUGGCUGAUCCUCAUCUAUGUUGUUAAAAGGCAGCUGCCCAUGUUUUUCUUGUGUCACAGCAUCACUUGCUUUUUGUUGAGGUUUUGUUUGUUGUGAAUUGGGUUUGGCUGUGAUCAUGACAUUGGACCAAUGCUUGCACUGCUUGAAGUCAUAUGUGGCUUCCUUUUGAUGUCAGAUUAAGUUGAGGAUUUGCACCAAUGACACUUCAGAUGCAAAAAUAUCUUUUAGUCAUCAUGAACUUGUGGAAUUCAUUCAAUAUGCAUUAUUUUUUCUGGAUUCCAUUUCAAUUGAUAUGUUUGGCAUGUGACAAUAGAACAGGACAUGCUUCUUGGUGGCCCACUGUGUUUUCAUCAUGUUGACUGUGUGGAUGAGCCUGGGCCUCCCAGCCAAGCUUCUAAUACAAUAUAAGAAGCACAUGGUUCCUGUUUCUUUGCCAUUCCAGGAGUGCUGCUGUUUCAGGGCAACAAGAAGCUGUGGGUAUGAGAUCAUUUACUUGGCUCAUCUUUUCCUUCACAUGCAAAUAGAAAUAAUAAUCUUUUAUGGUCUCCAAACAUAUAUGUGAGCUAACAUAGAACUGAUGGGAUAGCAGAACUUUGGCAUAAUUGGGUACUCGAUUUGCAAGAAAGAGAAACCCUUUAACAUGAAAGAAGGAUGAAGAGGGUACUCCCAGUUUGGUGGUAUAGCUGUAUAUUUGGGUCACUUCUUAUAGAUCAAGUAUCUGAAUUCUCAUUGUGACAUGUUGUGCUUUCAUUGUCCUUUUCCCUUUCUCAGAUCGAGUUUGCUGCAUCUGUGUGGUCCUUCAAAAUCAUAAAUGUAUCUUCUAAUGCUUUGAUAGGUUUGCGGUUGAUCGAUGACCCACGUUUCCUAUAUUGAAACGACAAGAACAGACACUACGCUUGAUCUUUUCAUCCCCAAGGCUUUUUGACAUCAUCAGCAUCUCUGAAUCGGACAGUACAGACCUCUGUGGUGAAUGCAAAUAAGCCGAAAGGCAGGUAUUAUUAAGCAUGGAAUGAAUCAGAAGAAUUAAAUGGAGAUGAUGAAUAUUAGAUGAACAUAUGAAUUAUCCUUUCAUGAUUUUUGUACUUGAUUUUCUCAAUUUUAGUUUCUCAUGUAUGUAUACUCAUAUUGGUGUAGUCUAUCGGUCGAUUAUCGACACAUUGAAAUUUUAAUCAACAUUAACAGUGUUGAAAAUUAUUACGACU